AUGUCACACGUCAUGGAGCAUCCCUCUCGAGCUAAGAGAAGAAAGCUCGAUGAGCCGAAACCAGCCGAAGAAAUUAAUAUUACAUCCGCAGCUCAGCUUCGGGAGCUGUUGGCCGUUCAGCAAAAUGCCCCGUUGGCGAGACAAGGUAUUGUCAAGUUCAAAGAGUUCCUGGUGUCAAUAGGACAAACAGAAAAGGAGCAUGAUAAAGCGCAGAAAUUGCGUGUCCUCAAGUCUUAUUGCGACAAGCAAAUCAGCACCCCCGCAAAAGAGGAUGAGACUGCAGUUUGCUUCCCAGACCUCAUUGCAUCCUGGGCCUUUGGCGAUGGCAACAACAAUGAGCCCCUGUUGACCAAUGUCCCUUCCGUUCUUGCCAUCUUCCUCAAGACUAUCUCCUCAGAGCUGGAAUUUCGGGAUUUCGGAAUCGCGUUGUGCAAGCAUCUCUUGCAAAAAGAUCAGCUGCGACUUUUCAACCGCGGUCUGACGGCAACUAAAUCCAAGGAGCACCUUAUCUCGCCCUGUCUUCGUCUGCUCACUGAAAUCGUGACAUUCGACGGAGGCGCAGUGGCGCGCCAGCUGUACCUUCGCCGUUACAUUACUUUCAAGCGAAUGGAAGUCUUCUUGACUCCUAACAAGGCACAGGAAUCCGAGGAUGAAUCUCACAAGUCAACUCUCAGACGCAAUGCCCAGCGAUAUCUGCUUGCGAACCUGAGGGUGCAGCAUGCUUCCGAGAAGGGCGAUAUCAUUGAACAGCACAAGAUCACCCGGUCUUUCCUUGAGCAUAUCCGAAAGGAUCCUCGUGAAACCGUAAUGGAGAUCAUCAAGGCUAUUGAAAGAGAUAUUGUGCAAGACUCUGGUCUGCCCCGGAAGUCGAAGAGCAAGUUCUUCAACCGCCACAACCUCGAACGAUUGGUUACCCUCUAUGGCUAUGACCGUGAGUCAGACGAGCCCAACCCCAAUGGAGUUUCCAUUGCCAAUGAGAUCCACCGCAUUAUGAUGAACAUCUGUAAGACUGCAGGACUUGGAGUGCUUUUGCCUGAGACGGGCUGGUACCCCGUUGGAACUGACCCCGAGACUCUGCCUGCCGAUGAUGAUGCAUGCAUUGAAUUGGGACUUGAUUCUCCAAUCCAUGUGGACAAGUACAGAGAGUCUGUCCCUGUGCGGAACGGUUCUCUGUCGUUCCUCAUUCAGUGUCUUCGCCCCGAUGUGGAUAGUCUCCAGAUUGAAUUGCUGGUCACUAUUUUCAAGGUGGCACCGGAACUCAUCGCCGAUUUCUUUACCAGAAAGACUAUGUUCAUUUCGGACCCGAAAGCUACGCCAUCAUGGAUGGCUGAGUCGGCCUUUCUCUUCUCAACCGUUCAAUUGCCUGUUCCGGCCAACUGUGGCUGGAAGGAAAAGCAGCCUAUCCUGCCCCCGCCAGUGUCAAUUGCCAUCGAAAACAUCCUCCCUCGGCCUCUCAGUCAGAAGAUCAUGACCCGUUGUUUGAACCAGAACGCCGAAAUUAUUACUCUUUUCGCCGUCCGGAUUCUGACUCUCGCUUUCACCAAGCUGCGGGCUGUUUUGAAAAUCUUCCAGGGAGAACAUGGACAAGGACAACUUUUCUGGAACCAAGCAUCUUCCAAGUUGCUUGCAGAGUUCUCUCACCGUUGUCCCUCCAUCAAGGACGUCGUUGUUCUCUUUCGACGAACUGCUAAGGAGGACCUGCAGCAGCAAGAGGCGGUUGCAGAGCUCCUGACAUGCUACUACGAAGUGAUGCCGGAUAUUGCUCUGGAGGAGAACUUUGAUGUUUCUCUUGUUUUGGUAGAUGUGCUGAAGCGACUGGAAGAAAAGGAUACCAGCGUAGAUGAUUCCGAGUCUCUUUUGAGUCAACUGCAAAGCCUUCUUCAGAUCGCUCAACAAUCUGCUUCACUGCGUUGGUGGCAAAAGCCUGCCAACAUGCAAUAUUCACCUUUCACCUCGAUUCUGAAGGUCCUCAUGGACACUGCGGACAAGGACUCCUCGCGACGCAUCUCGACCCUACUUAAGACUGUUUUGGUUGAAAACUCUGUCUUGCAAAGUUCGCCACAUGCAUUCGCAUCUGUUUUGUCAAGCCUUGAGAAUUCUGAGCAUGAGGCUCUUCAUCAGCAAUUGGUCUUCUUUGACAACUGUGUUUCUCGUGUUGCUAAGAAACCUGUGCACUACAUUGACAUGCUUGAAUCUCUUUCCAAGGAUGAGUCUGGAACUACCAGCGCUCUUGUGGCUGUCAUUGUUGAGCAGUGGCCGUUCGUCAUCAAGAGUGGUGAUAAGUCCACCGAAAUUGCUGUUGGAUCAUGGAUUGCAAGCCUUCUGGGCAACCUCAAGCAAGCCGGUGAAAGCACCAAGGUGCUCAAGGCUGCUCGGGAUGCAUUGGUUGAAGCAACCGAGACCAAGAAGGUCAAGUCGCUUCUGAAGAAGUCUUUGAAGGGCACAGAGGAUGCCGACACGGAAGAAAAGAUGGACAUUGACUCUGGCUCCAAUGUGCCAUCAGCCAAAAAGACUCCUACCGUCGACCUCGACGAGAUCUUCGGAUUCCUGCCCACCGAAGGCACCACCCACAAUGCCUUAAACAGGUGGGACAGGGAAGAAGUUGAGCAAGCCGUGGACCAAGGUCGCGUUGCCGAGUUGAUUCUUUGCCUCUGCUCUCAGCACGAAGAAGUCCGGAGACAAGCCUUUGCCAACCUUGUGCGCUUCAUGGCGAAACUCAAGGAAUCCAAAUACGCUGAAUGGCGCACAGUCUAUACCCUGACUGGAGAGCUCCUCGAGACUGUCAACACCAUUGGCAUGGAGAAGCCUGUUCCUUGGAUUGUUGGUGAAUGUGCUGCAAACUGCCUCGCGGUUCUCACCAAUCCUCUCCAUAAGGUCUACGGCAAGGUCAACAAGUUCCUGCAGAAAGCACCAUUCUGGGAAGUUGAAAAGAUUCCUACAUACUGGGUCGACAAGAUCCUUCUCCACGAGCCUGAAUUGGAUGACGGCUAUUUCGAUGAGAUCGACUGGCUGCUUGGACUGUUCGUCAAGGCACUUCGCACCGAGGCUGAUAUGGAAGUCUACAGACGUGCUAAUGUCUUCGAGCGCAUUCUCUCCCUUUACCAGUCCCCCACCCUCGGCCCGACAGCUCGACGCAAGAUCCUGCACAUCGUCUACCGUGCCGCCCAAGUCGGCGGUAGCACUACUCUGAUUACCCGCUCUGGCGUCAUCAGCUGGAUUCAGAUCCAAGUUGCCGAAGCCAAUUCAAAAGAGGCUGCCCAGCUGUCGGCCCUUGCCAAGUCACUGUAUGGGACUUGUGAUCGGGGGCGUGUGGAUAGUUGGAGUAAUGGAACUCUUUCACGUGUCAUUGAUGAAAUUCAGGCACAGGCAUAA